UACAAAGCUUACUUGUUUUCACCACAGCAGAAUGAAAUGUCUUCAACAGAGUAACAUUCUGUGAGAUAUUACAAUUUAUUUUUUCUCCAAACUUGCCCUGUCUUUAGAGGAUUUUGCUGAACAACAUAACAAAGAGCUCUGGACUUAAUACAGAAUCAUCAUGCUGAAGAGGAAAGGGAAAGUCUGGCUUUACACUAGAACCCCAGAUGGAGGAUGGGGAUGGAUGGUUGUGCUUCAUUUUUUCCUGGUAAAUGUGUUUGUGAUGGGGAUGACCAAGACAUUUGCAAUUUUCUUUGUGGUCUUUCAAGAAGAAUUUGAAGGCACCUCGGAGCAAAUUGGUUGGAUUGGAUCUAUCAUGUCAUCACUUCGUUUUUGUGCAGGUCCGUUGGCUGCCAUCAUUUGUGACAUACUUGGAGAAAAAACAACCUCUGUUCUUGGGACUUCCCUUAUUUCUGGUGGCUACCUGAUCAGUCGCUGGGCCACAGGCAUUCCCUUUCUUUGUGUGACUAUGGGACUUUUACCUGGUUUAGGAUCUGCUUUUUUAUACCAAGUAGCUGCUGUGGUAAUCACCAAAUACUUCAAAAAGCGAUUGGCUCUUGCUACAGCUAUUGCCCGUUCAGGGAUGGGACUGACUUUUCUGUUGGCACCCGUCACGAAAUUCCUGAUAGAUCUCUAUGACUGGACAGGUGCUCUUAUGUUAUUUGGGGCUAUCACAUUGAAUUUGGUGCCUUCUAGUAUGCUGUUAAGACCUAUCCAUAUCAAAUGCGAGAAUUCUAAUAUUAAAGAUAAAGAUUUGUCUGCAAGUGGUUCAGAGGUAUCAUGCGAGACAGAAACAGCAUGCUGCAAUGAGACCCAAGAGUCUUCUGUCAAGGACAGUACUAUGCAGAAAGCCGGACAACCCAAUACAACUUUAAUUGUCUCACAAGAUCAAAGUGAAGAAGAGUUCAACAGUGGACCUAACAGGAACAGACUGUCCCUGAGUAAUGAAGGAGGUUAUAAGAAAAAGACUAUUUCUUGGUGCUACAAACAAGAACUCUUUGACACUUCUGUCUUCAGGAAUCCUUUUUUCUACAUAUUUACCUGGUCUUUUCUCCUAAGUCAGUUAGCAUAUUUCAUCCCUACCUUUCAUCUGGUAGCCAGAGCCAAAACACUGGACAUCGACGUUAUGGAUGCCUCUUACCUCAUUUCUGUAGCUGGCAUUAUUGAGACAGUCAGUCAGCUCAUUUCUGGAUGGGUUGCUGAUCAAAACUGGAUCAAAAAGUACGAAUACCACAAGUCUUACCUCAUCCUCUGCGGCAUCACUAACCUGCUUGCUCCUUUAGCCACCACAUUUUCACUACUUAUGACCUAUACCAUCUUCUUCGCAAUUUUCACUGGUGGCUACCUGGCACUGAUACUUCCUGUACUGGUUGAUCUGUCCAAGAAUUGUAGAGUGCACACGUUCUUGGGACUUGCCAGUUUCUUUGCUGGGAUGGCUGUCCUUUCUGGACCACCACUAGCAGGAUGGUUACAUGAUCAUACACAGACAUAUACCGGCUCUUUCUACUUCUCUGGCACAUGCUACCUCCUCUCUUCUGUUUCCUUUUUCUUCAUACCAUUGGCUGAGAGAUGGAAAAGCAAACAGUCUGACAUAAAGAGGACUACAAUCAAGUCAAAGUUUAACAGGAGAAAAUCUGAACUUAACGAGUCAUUGGGAACAAAAGCUUGGAAGAAGAGUUUCUUUGUAAAGUAAGAAUGUAAACCAGUCAGCUUUCAAUGCCCUUAGCAUUGUGAGAAAUAUCUAUAU